UUCAUUUUGACUAUUUCCAAUUCUCUUUUUUUCUUUCUCUCCGAACUUUCUCUCAAAAAAAAACAACAAAACGCACACACACACAGAACAAAAAGAAACAUGGGAAUUUGUAGUUCAUGCGACGCAACAUCUGUCGCGACAGCAAAACUAGUAUUACACGAUGGAAGUUUACAAGAAUUUUCGUACCCUGUUAAGGUUUCUAACCUGUUACAAAAACAUCCAACCAUUUUUAUAUGUAACGCGGAUGAAAUGGAGUUCGACGACGUCGUUUCGCCUGUUUCGGAACAAGAAACGCUACAACUUGGCCAGUUGUAUUUUGCUUUACCGUUAAAUCGGUUAAGAAAACCGCUUCAGCCUGAAGAAAUGGCUGCAUUGGCUGUCAAAGCCACAUCAGCAUUGGCUAAUAAAACAGAUAAAUGUGGGUGUAGCAGUAAAAGUAGCAGUAAAAAUGUUUAUUUUUCUACCCCUGUAAUUUCCGGAGGUUAUGGUGGUAAUAAUAAUAAUGGGCAUGUCAAGAAUUCGGGUCGGGUUUCGGAUGUUGGAAGUGUUGGGUCUAGAAGCAGUGGGAGAAGACGGAAUUUUAAUGUGAUGUUGAGUGCCAUACCUGAAUAGAUUUAUCAUAUAUGUAUGCGGAUAUAUAUAUGGAUAUAUAUAUAUAUGAUAUGAUGAAUAUAUAGAGAUUAGAAAUUAAUGAUCUAUAUAUAUAGUUUGUGAAUAUUAUUGUUGAUGAGAUUAGAUUUUUGUAGGGAGAUGUAACACUUUUUGGUUUAUUUUUUGGGUUCUUUCUAAAUUGCAAGUUUUAGUCCUGAAAUGAGAUGGAUUAUUAUUUUUUGUUUGAGUUUGAA